AGUUGCAGAAGGGAGUGGAUUUAUCACCGUGACGAGACUGCCCAAGACAGACUUUGCUAGGAACCUAAGCAGCACAAGAUCUCGGACACCGCCCGCUAUGGACCCCAGAGUGCCCCUGCUGACCACCCUUCUGCUGCUGGCGGCGUGCGCGCUGGUAUCACACGCCAAACCCAUCAGCCUGUGGGAGCGCUGUUGGUGCCGCACAUCCAUCAGCAACGUGCCCAUGCGGAGCAUCCGCGAGCUCAGGUUCCUGCAGACCCCGAACUGCCCCUUCCAAGUCAUCGCCAAGCUGAAGUCCAACAAGGAGGUGUGCAUCAGCACGGAGACUAAGUGGCUGCAGCAGUACCUGAAGAAUGCCCUUAACAAGUAAGGCGAAACCCUUUCGACAAAGUUAAAAAUGCCAAGAAGGAGCAACAAGCCAAUUAGCAGGCUGGCAGAAGUAAAGGUGGCCCCACUCUCCCCCCUCCCCCAGCAGACCACACAGACUCCUAACGCUCACGGUCCCGGUCCUGAUCCAGCACUUACCCGCCAGCACUGGGCUGCCGCCGCCAACUGCCCCGAGGCCCAUCAGCGCCGCGCGGCGAGACACGCGUCUGACCGGCUGUGGCUCCAAGGCCCUGAACAUGAAGUCCUGUUCCAAAAAAGAUGCCAGAUGGAUGCCACCCCUGCCCUGCCCUGCCCGCCCCUCACUUCCUGUCCCAACGGAGGGUGAAAGGUCACUGAAGCGCUCUGCUCCGCCCACGCCCUGCCCAUGCUCCGCCCACUUCCCCUCCCACACCAUGCUCUGAAGCCUGCGGCAACGAGCCGUGUGCACGCCCAGGAAGGCAGGGCCAUAACCAUGCAGCCGCCACCCCGUUGGUAUCCUAGGCAAUGGAAGCCCAGCAUCCCUAAGUAUUUGGUGUGCAGCACAUUAGGGAUACUGCUUGUAAAUGUGCACGCAGAUGAGUAUCUGCCUUAUAUACAACUGUCCUACAGCACACCUCUGCAUAUCAGCGUAUUCAAGGUGUGUGCUGGGAACACAUACAGACUUUAUGGGCCUACAUACCUUUAUGUAAUAGAUAGGCCCAAAUUUUUAUUUUUGUAUGUCUCAUAAACCUUAUAAAUGAAUAUCUGUUGUAUUGAUGUCAGCUUAUCUUAACACUGAAGUACCAUUCAGUGGAACUGGAUUCUUGGCCAGUUGACAAACAGCGCCCCACUGUGGCCACAUUAGCGGCAGAGCCAGCAAUCCUCAUGCUGCCCCCCUGGCCUGCCAUACCCACCCAAUAACCCCCCCCCCCCCCACUCCCACCACAUUCAAUGUGAAUGUAAAGACACCACAACCAGCGAGUGGUGAACAUGCCGUCCACACUGACCUGCUGAAGGAAUACCACCUUGCAUUUUUUGGUUGUUUGUUGGUGAACAGACUCUCCCCCAGGACAGGCUCUAGCUAUAGAGUAGGUAGCUGCCUCGGGCCCCUGACUUACCCGUAUUGUGGAGGAAGCGAAAUGAUCAUCAGUUUUCUUGGUAGGGCUGCCUGCCUAGUAAAGCUUUGGCUAUAGGGCCCCUGAAAAGCUAGAGCCUUUGUUCAGAAAUCAGACUGUAAUCUUGGUAUUGUGUGUCACCUGAGCUCUUUUCCGCUGGCCGGGUUUCCUCCGUAGCUCUCGCUGUGGCUCCAUCAGUGAGACCCAUCUUUGGUCUGUUAUUUGUCCACCAGAGUAACUGGUGGUGCCUAAGAGUGCCUUAUUCCUUUGUGGAGGUCACAGCAUCACACCCCAUUGUGACAGGCGGGACUCGUGUGGCCUGGACCAGGAGAGUGAGUCCGUUUGAUAAUGAAAUGCGCUAAAUGUGACGUUAAAUGCGCAGCCCGGUGCGUAUGAACGGAGGACAUGGUGCCAGUUUCUGAGCCAGGUGAAGUAACCAGACCCUCUUAGUCCUCUCCUCACUCCCCAGACAAUGUGAAGACACCUUGUGUAAGGCAGCCGCCAGUCACAUAUUCGACGACUCCUUCCGCUUGUUUACUGUACCUCUCUGUCUGUAUACCGCCAUUCAUUGUUGUUCUUUUUUCACUUUUAUAUUUUUUAAUAAAGACAGACAAGUGAAAUGUU